UUACUAAAUUUAUGUUCUUAAUGGGAGAAACAAAUGCAAGCAAAAUCCAGUGGCCGAAAAUUUAUUGUUCAAGUUAGUUGAACUCGAAAUUGAAAUCGUGACGUUGAUGUUCUCAUUGUUAUCAUCGAACUCACAUUGUCAAAACAACUCACAUUGUCUUCUGUUCUGCUCCUUCUUCGUAUUACUCUCCAUUCUCUCUUCGAUCUAAUCGCCUCUCAAAACCUUUAUAUUCAUUCACACCGACCCAUUUCGCCAUUUGAGUUCUUAAUUAAGAAUCAUCGCUUUUUGAUUCGUGGGUUUUGUUCAAAAUGGCUUCUUUCACUGUCCCUUGUCCCAAAUGUCUCUCUUUUCAUCAUUUUGGUUUGAAAUCUCAGACCCCAACAAAGAAUAUUCAAUUGGGGUUCAGCAAAUCUCAGUCAUUUGGAUCUGUGAGUCGUGAUUCAGUUUCAACUGGGAUUCAGUGCCUUGAAAGGAAGCAAUCUUCUGUCUGGAAGGUUCAAGCACAUCCUAAUGAGGCUGCUACUAUUGAAAAUUCUUCAAAUUCUGCACCUGUAUUGGUCAAUGAACCUAAAGUUGCUUCACCAAAAGAGGAAGAUAACCAUAAUGGGAAACCCUCUGGUCCAAGCACUUCUACUGAUGCAUCUUCAGUUUCCACAUUUAUGAAUCAAGUUUCAGAACUUGUUAAACUUGUGGAUUCUAGAGAUAUUGUGGAGCUGCAACUGAAGCAAGCAGACUAUGAGCUUACGAUAAGGAAAAAGGAAGCUUUGGAGCCUCCUCCACAGGUGUCACAACCAUAUCCCUAUCCGGCAUAUGCUUCGCCACAAGCACCACCACCACCACCUCCAGUUGCUGUUUCUGCUCCUGCAAGCGCUCCACCUUCAAAAGUAGUUCCUGCCUUGCCUGCGCCUGGAAAAACCAGUGCAUCAUCUCAUCCUCGGCUUAAAUGUCCAAUGGCAGGAACUUUCUAUCGAUGUCCCGGACCUGGUGAACCACCAUUUGUCAAGGUGGGAGAUAAAGUUCAGAAAGGGCAGGUUGUUUGCAUUAUUGAAGCUAUGAAACUGAUGAAUGAAAUUGAAGCUGAUCAGUCAGGAACAAUAACUGAGAUACUAGUAGAAGAUGGGAAACCAGUCAGUAUAGACAUGCCUCUUUUUGCAAUUGCACCAUGAGGUACAAGAAGGGACCUUACAAAGUAGUUGUUGGAUCAACAAGGCACAAACAUUGUGAUAAUUCAGAUAUAUAUUUAUUGUGCAAUAAUAUUUGUUCCAUUUUAGAAAAUCAUUUCAUUUAUUUAAAGAGACAUUUCAAGACAUAAAUGCCGUGGCAUAUCAGGAGUGUUGGAAUUUGUAGUUCUAUAUAAACAGUUUUAAUAAUAUUUUCUUGUAAAAAAAGAAAGUUUUAAAAUUUUAGUCUCAGCAUUUACCUAAAUUUGGAUUGAAUGAUGUGAA